GCAACUGCCGUGAAAUUCCAUAAUAAUGAGCCGCAAACAGUAAAACCUCAUUCCUUUUGGUCCCUCCAUCACAUCUUCACCCAUCUCAAAGCCUUGUCACUGUACCUCUCCCUCCUCCCUAUCUACCGAUCCAGAAAUCUCUCUUGCACGUCAGCACACUGGGAGAUUUCCUCCGACAAGUCGAUCCAAUCGAAGCAGCCCCGCACGCUCUCCAGGGCAGGACCAUCCGCUUCCACAUUUCCUCCCCCACGAAUAUCUGCAGUAAUCAUCCGACUCGACUGCCCACUCUCCUUCCGAACCUCUUUUCGAUCUAUCGCUUUUCUGACACCAUCCCGUCGGCCUCGGUGGUCAGCCAGCCCCAGUCCUCCAGAUCUAAUAAGGCAACGAAAUUUGGAGAAACCCCCAGUCUGGACGCUGCUGAUACCUCUUCUCAUCUCUCUCCAAAGCGCCUGCCAUUCGCCGCCCCCGGCCUUUCUCUCGGGACGUUACACCAACUUCUUGUCCUCCUUUCGUAUCCUUUACCCUCCUGCGCAAUUCUCUUCGCAGCCAACGAUAGACCUACCUUUUGACGCCCUCACCACUGCUGCCCGCGUUCCUCCAUAUCGAAUACGCUCUCUAGCCGCGCGCUCGUUCAAACAAGAAAAACACCUUGGACAACAGGGAAGCCGCCUGCUCAGCGGCUCUCUCUGAAACAUCCAUUCUACCACUCCGAGCCUACCUUCCAAAAUGAGCGAUUAUCCCAGAAGGAGCGCUCGCAUAUCACAUCUACAGCAAGAACGCAGAAACAAUCUGUCCGCUCCUCCUUUUGCAAACAGCUUCUCACAGUCUUCAAGUACAUCGACGAGUUCGCAUCCGAGCCCCAUCAGUGACGGUCUUCAACCUGCCCAGCCGCAGCACACACCCCAGCCUCAGCCUCAACACCAGAUGCAAUCGCUCUUCAUGCCUCUUCAACAGCAGCAGCAGCCUCAUUCCCACGCUCCCUUACCAUCGCCUUCUACGGCAGAGUUGGAGCCUUUCUUCGGUCGGCCGCAUUCGCAGCCAAACCCGUACGCAGCGCAGCAAAUGCAUCUCAGCUAUCAAGCUCAACAACGACAACAACCCUAUCAAGGACAAUCACAACAGAUUGAACAACCGAAUCCACAUCAUCAGUUACAUCCACAUACAAAUUCCAUGUCGCAGGAACAUCCUGCCCAUACCCAGCCACUAAAUCCAGGCCAAAUGCCGCCUGAUUUUCUUGCCGAGGCAGCUAAACGCGCUCAAAUUGCCUGCCUCAUGAGAGACCUUGGAGACGUCUCACUGUAAACAACCAUCACUGUCCCACUACACUUACUCGCGUGAGGGCUUAUUGGCAAGGCAUGUACGGAGUAGGCGACAGCCCUCUACCUGGCCCUCUCGAAAAGCCGCUGCUACCCUUGACACACGGCUCAAUUUGCCGAGGCGGGCAUCUGACAUGUGAUUGACACAACGAAGCUUUUCAGCAUGAUGCCUCUACCAAAGUGGUUGCUUCCCGCUCCGGGCCUUUUGACCUCCAUUAUUAUGCAUUUCGGCUUCUUUUCCGACGACCUCCAGUCUUCCGAGCAGUGGACUGAAUGUCAUGCAUCUCUGCAGAACAUACCGGCUUGCUCCACAUAAAACACCUUUUCGCGAUUCGCGACAAGGAUCAUCUCGGACAUUCUCUCAACUCAGAGUAUUCUCGACUUCCACGACCAUCUCCUUGGACUUGUUUCUUACACUUUUCAAUUCUCGAUUCUGGCGUCGAUACCCAGCCUACCGGCAUCUGUUUUGACCGAUGUUGCCGUCGCUCAUGAUGAAGCAACUCUAAUUCAAAUCGGGCAUCUAGACAAUGUUUAGACGGACCAUCCUCUCCGACUUCAAUGGAUCACAGAAGACGUUGCUUUCUUUUUUUUGACUGUUUGGAAAUUUUCACGACACUGUUUCGUUGGCAAAUGAUCUGGGGCGAUGCAUUGCAUUUGGUGCAUGGCGUAUCAGCGGCCUUGGAGCUAGCUCUGCUUGUUGAUUUGGUUUGCUUCCGGUUAAAGAACGGAUUUUCCUCUGGGCUCUACUCAUCUGAAUUUUGUGGGAUGAAGGACAAUCGACGCAAGUUGCAUAUAUAGCGGGCAUAGUGAUCUGAAUACAAGAACCUCCCUGAUCUGUGAUCGGGGCUGGUGAACCGAAGCAACAUUUUGCAGUC